AUGAAUGACUUGUUACCUACUCUGAAACGUCUCAUGAAAAACAAGGCUCUGUUAUUCAUUCUUGCAGGACAAGCUCUUAACAACAUAUACGUCUCUUCCAUGGCAUAUGAUACCAAAUUAUUGUCGCAACUGUUCAAGAUAUCAGUUACAGAGACAGGAUCGCUUAUCGGGAUUAUGAAGAUAGUUGGAAGUCUUCUAGGACUAGCCCUAGGUGGGGCUUUCAUGGGAAAAUUCUCUCCAUCGGGAAAAACGUGUUUGCUGUUCGUAGUAGUGACACAGUUUCUGGCACUGCCUGCACCACCGAUGUCACUUCAUCACUGUGAAACUGACAAUGUUGCUGGUAUAUCAGUUUCCUACCCGACCGACCUUUCCCUGGAUUGGAACAAGGGAAGCAGGAACUUGACAGACAAGUGUAACGGUGAAUGUAGUUGCUCAACAGAUUUCUACGAGCCCGUUUGUGAUCUGGAGAGUAAGAUAACCUACUUCUCCCCCUGCCAUGCUGGCUGUUCUUCAUAUAACGAAGAAAAGAAGGUCUAUGAGAAUUGUGAGUGCAGUAAGGCAGAUUUAGUCCCGGGAGCAUGUCCAGCAGAAGAUUCCUGUUCGACGAGGAAGUGGAUAGUUUUUGUAAUUCAGCAAUUCUUCGGAGCCCUCUUUUUCUUCAGUCACUACCCUGCCAUAAGUGUGGCUUACCUCAGAGUGGUUCCCGAAAUCGACAGGUCCGCAGCACAGGGAUUGAAAGAGUUCUUUACACGAGCGUUUGGAUUCGUGUUAGGACCCAUUUUGUUUGGAGCUAUCAUUGACAACUACUGCGUAGUGUGGAGAGGUGGAGGAAGCUGCUGGCUCUACGAUCUGCAUGAUAUGAUAGUGACGUUUACGAUGAGUCAGCUAGGAUUCCGAGUAGCAGGAACUAUCUGCAUCUUUAUUGCAUGGAGACUAUAUCCAGAAUAG